UUCGCCACACGACACCAACCGACGAAGCCACCGAAAGUUACGAAAAGGUGCUCAGCGCGGCGCCACUCCGCGACGAGUUGCUCGAUCUGCCCAAAUAUUCAGUGCAAAUCUGUCGGGGUCUGGAAAAUUGAAGGACCUCUCAUGCAUGUUUGAGAUGACACGAGAAUCUGUGAUGCAUGCGCACGAGAUUUGCCAUGCGGAAUACGCAGCACAUAGUCAUGGCAGGAGCUAAAAAGUUUGUCAUGCUUGACGGCGUAUUGCAGUUCGGCUAUCAUUCACAUUGAUUUAGCAUUACAACUUGAAUUGAGAUUGAUUUACAUGAUUUAGAUUUAGCAGGGUCGUAAAGAACAAAAAUAUCCGUGGGUAGUAAGAAAUACAAAUAGCAAGGAAGUAUCUGUCUUGUCGUUGCUGUUUACAUCGGUGGGUCCCCGAAUAUGACGCGCGUCUUGCUUCUCUUUCGUCCCUCGUGAUGCCUGCGAUUAGGGGUCAGUUUGUUUCUUUCGGGUGCCUAGCACCAUAGCAGGAAAAGGCAAACAAAAUACACGACAAGAUAAAAGCACCUUCCCGAUGAAGGGGAGGCGCUUGCGUGAUGUUUCCUUGUUGAUUCUCUUAAAACUUAAAGCUUUUUUUUUUCUCGGGGAUAACUUAUUGCAUACUCCAAAUACUCAGGUUUGACUCUGUCUCAUAUGCAUGAAGGCCCACAGCCGCAGGCAGUAGACUGGAUGCUGUAGAAAGUAUGAUGACUGGGUUGGCCACAUUCAUUAACCCUAUGGGAGGACAGCGGAUGCGCCUCGAUUGCUGAGUAGAAAAAGGGUCUUGGUGCAGCUGCCAGACACUCAUAGAGGGCAAUAAAACUUGAGUCCCCGGCAGCGCGGACACCUGUGCUAUUGAUAUGCGUUACAACUCCAAUCAAAAUGCGACUUUUUUAAGGGCGAGAGAGCGACUUUUGUAAGGGCGAGAGACACUGGAAGGGGGCAAGUCAGAGUACCGACGAGGAGACCAGACAAGACCAACGAACGGCGCUGAUAUAUAGAACAUCGCUGCGACUUGCAGAGUUUAUGAAUUGCUCUACCAAGUCCAAGCUAAUGUGGAGGCUCUUGCAUAGUUUUUUUUUUAGGCCUGCUAGGCCCCAGCAGAUCUUCUAGUGCUCUCUUCCUCUCGAUGAGCAGAACAAUUCAAAAACAAAAAGCAAAAGCCGCUGUUGUCUUCCAUAGGCGGAGCGCGUCCCAUGCGGUCGGGUUUGAAAGGUGCAGUCCGUGUGUCCGCAACUGCUGCAAGGCAUCGAAUCCGGGGGGUCAACAAUUUUUCUUUCCUUGCAUUGUAGUGAUGAUGAUUCCGUAGCCUGGUUAGCCCAUCUAAAGAGGGCCGUGAUCCGCCCCCUCUUGCAAAAAAAAAUAAUUUAGCACUACAAAUUUCCAGACCCAGACAUGUUUGCAAUCCAUACCGAACGCGCCACCAGGAUCUUGACGAAAACGCUUGCCGAUGCACACGACAGAGGUGCAUAUCAACUGGAAAUGUGUCUGGGUCUGGAAAGAUUGAACCUGUAUUGCGUGUGUCGCAUUCCUGAAAAAUCUGUGUUGCAUACUAAACAGCAAAAGCGACACACUUUCGUCAUGUAAAAUCGCAGUUUGUAAUGCGUCCUGCGCAUGAGAAACAGAAAGCGUUUGAAAAAAUUGCUAUGCUUCGCUGCACUUAAAUGCGCACUCAACCAUGAGCAUGACCAUUCUUCAGCAAUGCAAGUUUCCAGACCCAGACCACAUAUUUGCAAUCCAUAGUGCAGAGGGAAAAGUCACG